UCCAUUGCUCUUUCUCGUGUCGAUUGUUAAACGUGUAAUACGUCCUCAUCUAAGCAUUUUUUUCUUUAUGAUCUGUCAUUUUGCUCUCUUCUCCGUGCGCAAAGCAAACGGCCAGCACAGCUGUGUCACUCUGUCAGGCACCUCCUCCUAUAAGACGACCCGGCAGGAGAAGGGAGAUCCAAGCAAAAGAGUUCCCAGUUGCCACACUGGCUGUUGUUGCGAAGGUAGACAAUCAGACAAACAUGAGACCUCAGGUGUUGCUCGUCAUACUGGCUGUUCUCGCCAUCCUCGCAACUCUGCCACUCGGCAAAGGGAACGAGGAGGAAGGAAGAGCGGCGCUGGCGGAGGGCACGAACGCGAGGGCGUGGCCGUGCUGCGACAAGUGCGGCCUGUGCCUGCUGAUGUACCCGCCGAAGUGCACUUGCCUGGACGUUUCGGAGCGCGGGUGCCACUCGGCGUGCAGGAACUGCGUCAGGUACACCGCGGACAGCGGCAGCAUCAGGCAAGUACCACCCGUCUACCGGUGCGCGGACAUGCUCACCAACUUCUGCCAGCGCCGCUGCACGCCUGCAGCCGCUGCCGUUGCGUAGC